AAAGAAUAAAAUUCCAGUCCUGAGAACAAAAGAAGCUUGAAAGACUUCCACUCUGAGUUGCAGCUGAGCCCAGAGGGAAAAUGAUCCAAGGAAAAGCAGCUUGGGAAGAACUGGCAGUUUGUGAUUCUCUUCAUAUGGAAAACAGUGCAGUAAUCCAAGGAAAGGCAGGACUGAAGAUCCAAAAUGAAGAAACAGUCAUUUUCUGUGCAAAGAGACAGCCCUUCAGGGAGUUCCAUUACCAAGAUGCUGAGGGUCCCCGAGAUCUCUGCAGCCGCCUGCAUCACUUUUGCAAUCAAUGGCUGAACCCAGAAAAGCACACAAAAGCCCAGAUGCUGGACAUGGUGGUGCUGGAGCAGUUCCUAGCCAUCAUGCCACCGGAGAUGGGGAACUGGGUGCGGGAAUGCAAAGCCGAGACCAGUUCCCAGGCAGUGGCUCUGGCUGAAGGUUUCCUUCUGAGCCAGGCAGAGGAGAAGGAACAAGGAGAAAUGCAGCUGCAGCUGGAGACAUCCUUCCUGGAGUUAAUCACUGAGGUUCCUGAGGCAAGAAGGGAUCCAGUCAAUCUUUGUCAGAACAAUUUCCGUGGGCAAAUCUCUCCAAAGGAUCUAAAUCAGGACUUGUCUCCAGGGUCCCAUAUCCUUCAAGGAGUUGUUUGUCUUCUUUACCAAGGAGGAGUGGGACCUGCUGGAUCCCAAAGAGAAAGCUUUGCAUGGAGAAGUCAUGCUGGAGACCUCUUGGAAUGUAGCUUCUCUGUGCAAUGAGCAGAAGAAGGAGAUUUACCAGGAACCAGAAGACACACUUUUACAGGUUUUUAAGGUUGAAGUGGGAGAAGACACCUUCUCAAAUCAUUGGCAACCAAAAAGUGAAGAUGGAAUCCAAUUAAAUAAUCAACAGGAAAUGAACCAUCCCCCUUUAUGUCUGGAAAUCUAUGAUUUGCUGACCCAAGAUGAUCUUAAUAGAGAGAGGAUGGGGCAGUAUUUAGGCUUUGAUAAAAUAUUUGAAGAACAAUCAAACUUCACUCACCCAUGUGAAUGGACACAGGAAAGGAACAGAUAUGGUCAGAAUUCCCCGUCUUAUCGGGGGGAUGAGAUGGAGAAA